UUAAUCUGUCAUUAGUAAACUACCUCACAUAAAUACUUACCAUAAUUUAAUUUGUGAGAUUAAUUCGACGUAACACUUAUACAAGCAGUAUAAAAACACAUUGUAAAUCCUAUAGUAAUGUCAGUAAGCCACCUGGUGCUGUUAAUGUAUAAGUCUCCCUCUGUGGUCUUAUAAACUGUUAGCAAUGGAAGAUACAAUUGAGAGCUGUGUUAGCUCAUUUUUCAACACUUCAAUUAAUGAUGAGGAACUCAUUGAGGCUUUGGAUUAUUGUGAUUUACUGGAUCCAGCAUAUGAUAAUGAAUUGUAUAAUAUGUGUGAAGCAAUUGAUUCAAUCAUCCCAACUAAACAGAAACUUCAAAUUGGUGGAGCUUUAAAGCGGUCCAAUGAUUCCACAGUGAACAACUCUGCGAAAAGAGUGAAAUAUAAUGAGGGAGCAUCAACUUCAUCUGUUCAAUACUCAGAAAAUAACUCCACUACACCAUCUGCAUAUUCAGAAGGUAAUAAAGUGAAGUGUGAUAUUUGCAAUAUUUUUAUAACCAAAAGGUAUUUUUCUAAUCAUUUAAAAAGUAAUUUACAUAAAAAUAAUCAUUUAAAGUCGCACCCAUCAUUAUCGAAUGUUUCUGUUAUUGAUUCAGCUUUUGGACAAAGAAUAAUAACGUACAUGAUAAAUAGUAAAAAUGAUGAUUUAUCGAUUUUUAAGACCCCUGAAUCAUUUUUGAAUUCAAUAAAAAAUGAUAUUUUAUUCCUAGUUCAAGAGUCGAUCAAAGAACAUACAGUUUUUAAGGUAUACAGCUCUAGCAAAGCUUUCUAG